AUGUACCAACGCAUCCUUGUUCUAACCAGUAUCUUUGCUGUGGUCAUGAUGGCUCCUCGAGUUGCACGAGAUCUUUACGACCUGCCAGGUGAAACAGACAGUAUCCUUGAUGGAGCCCAGAUCAACAAAACUUUUAGCUGCGCUGGUAGGAUGGAAGGUUAUUACGCCGACACCGACAAUGGCUGUAAAAUUUUCCAUCGUUGUGUUCCCGACUUGUCCUUCUCAAGCUUCAUAUGUGACAACAACACCAUUUUCGAUCAGCAGGAUCUCGUCUGUAAAUAUGAAACAGAAGCGUUUCCUUGUGACCAAGCGGAAAGUAUCUAUGAAAGUUCUAAUGCAAGAUUUACCACACCACAACCAACGACGGAGUCAACAAUCUCAUAA